GGAUUGUGAUUUUUUUGCCUGUUGUUAAAGGCUUUCAACGCCUUACCGCUGUUCACAUAGGGGAUGUCAUUUUAGUUAAAAUUUUAGAGAAUAUUUUAAAUUUUUAGAUUCAUUUGUAAUUUAAUUUGUAUCCCCUUCAAGAACAGCGGUACUUAUCUAUUACUUAGUAAAAUGUCGAUGGGAAAAGUUGAUAUUGAUAAACCCAAAUAUGAUCAGAGCACGUAUUGGGGUCGCUGUAAGCAUUUCUUUUUGCUCACGAAUCCCGCCAACCUAUUGACAUCGUCCAGCCAACUUGAUGAAGCUAAAGACACAGUUGAGAAGUAUCGAUCUGGCAAACUUCGCUCCAACCAAUCAAUUGAUGAAGUGUGGAAAUCCAAGUAUUUGUAUGACUCUGCAUUUCAUCCGGAGACUGGAGAGAAACAGUUCCUCCUUGGCCGCAUGUCUGCCCAGAUGCCAAUGAAUACAUUACUUACGGCCGGUAUGCUGAUCUUUUAUCAGUCAACUAAGUCGGUGGUCUUCUGGCAGUGGCUCAAUCAGACCUUUAAUGCAACCGUUAACUAUACAAAUCGCUCUGGCAAAACUCCCAUUUCAAAGCCAGAACUACUAACAUCUUAUACUUUGGCCACGUCGGGAGCUUUGGGCACCGCACUCGGUUUGAAUCACUUGGUGAAGAGUAUGAAUCCUCUUAUAGGUCGCUUGGUGCCACUUGUGGCCGUUGCUGCUGCCAAUUGUAUUAACAUUCCCUGCAUGCGUAGGCGGGAGCUGAGGGAUGGUGUCUCCCUUUUGGAUGAUCAGAACCAUGAGGUAGGCGUCUCAAAGAAAGCUGCUGCUCAAGGCAUUUCAAAUGUUGUCGUUAGUCGGAUUUCCAUGGCAAUUCCUGGAAUGACCCUAACACCCCUUUUGAUUGAAUACUUGGAGAAGAGUGGAUUCCUUAAGAGAUAUCCUCAUUUGACUGGACCCAUACAAAUUCUUUCCUGUGCUUUUAUAUUGCUUUUUUCCACUCCCAUGGGAUGUGCCUUCUUCCAACAAAUAUCGCCUAUCAAGGUUGAUAAGCUAGAGCCUGAAGUUAAAGAGUCGAUUAAGAGAGCUCAUCCGGGCAUGGAUACUGUCUAUUUCAAUAAAGGUUUGUAGCAUAACAAAUGCUAGCCAGAAUACUGAAUUACAGCUAUGUAUUAUACCAGAUGAAUUGAGU